AUGCAGAUCAAAUACCCUGGUAAUUUCUUUAUUCUGCGAGGGAACCACGAAUGUGCUCCUAUUAAUCGAGUGUACGGUUUCUUCGAAGAGUGCAACAGACGUUAUAAUAGUACUCGUCUCUGGCUCUGCUUCCAGGAAGCUUUCGCCGCUAUGCCGUUCACAGGACUUGUGGCUGGAAAAAUUCUUUGUAUGCAUGGCGGAUUGUCUCCAAAGGUUGAUUUUUACUAG